GGGGAAAUGGAACAACUAGAGAAAUACAUAUGUGCCUUCCUGCAUGAGGAAGAUCAGCCUCCGCCAUGGCUACGUAGCAUUUCGCGCCAGGCGUCCGAGGUAGACUCGCCCAAAGGCAUCAUCAGCCGCAUGCCGUCUCUGAGUUUAGUCUCCAUUGGAUCUGAGACUGUCGUGGCGGCGACAGCUGCAGGUCCGGAGAGUAGCAACAACGAUACGCACACACGCGUUCAUCCACACGCGAAUCAGGCACCUACACACACGAAUGAGAUCUCAAAUGCCGAUGGGAGUGCAACGAAUGCUGUACCGGAUCAGACAGGUUCAGCGGAUGCUGGCGAGAGCGAGACGAAUGGCAGUAACUAUGGCAACGCAGCAUAUCAAGAAAACGGGCUACCAUUAGUGGAACCCGCCGAGCCGAUAGUGACGCUGUCUGCUGCGGUGUUUGGGCUGAUCUCGCGGCAGGGAGCGGGCGACAGUAGAAGUGGUACUGGACAAUUAACAGGAAAUAUGCCUUUCGCACAUCACACUGAACAGUCCGAGUCGCGGUUGCAGGGUACGGUACCCGUGAGUAGCACGCACGCACUGUGGAGCGUGGACGCAGACACACAGAGCAUACCGCCGCAUACACACACGCCCGCGUGGAAUAUGAGUCCCAACCCCAACGCACGUGGCGAAGGUACCGAACCGACCGGUGAGUUGCUGGAGGAGGAGGGCCAGGUGGGCUCCUUCAAGGAGCAGUAUGAGCAUGUGCUGAGGUCCGGGAGUAUACCCCACGCACGUGACGAGGUGAUGCAUGUCCACGUGCGCACCCAGCGAGCGGUAGGUAGGAAGAAUCCCGGAAUUAAAACCGGGAGCGGGAGCGGAGAUGAGAGUGAGAAUGGGGGUGGGAUGGAUCUGCAACGGUCGGCCAGUGAAGGCUGCAGUGAGAAGAGUGGCAUCAGCAGAAGUAGCUCAGAGGUGAAUGCCAGCAGCAGCAGAAGUCUAGACAAGAUAGAUAGCGAACGAGAGGGUGCGUGGGGCAAUAAUAGCGAGCGGGAAGGGGCGGUGAAAGGGUGCCAGGUGAAGGGCAUGAGUGAACACGAGAAGACAGAGAAAGGUGUAGUGCAUACGCAGAGAGAGGAUGAGCGUGUAUCGAGUGAACAUGAUAUUGAGGGCUUUGUGGUGCGUGGUACUGAGCCAGGUGAUGAGAUGUCUGGCGAUGAGAGGGUGGCCGUGUCGUCGCACGUGACCAUAGAUACGACUGCAAGCGGAAGGACAGGCGCAGAAGCUGAUAGAGAUACAAAUACGGAUACAAAAACGGCCACGACUGACACCGAGACGAACACGAUUAUGAACGCAGCUAUAGUAGACCUACAUGCACACGCGAGUGUGACUAUUCGUACCACCACAGACAUAGAUACAAACGACACACAGAUAGACACAUCAAAGAGCGUAUGCUCCAGUACAAACGCACCCACCGAAAUGACAGAGGAUCAUGUAGAUAACCUCGGGGUGUACAGGCGUGGUAGUUUGGGCAAAGGGAAACACGACGUGCACAGACCGAGUGGGACUGCGAUUAGAGUUGGCAUGCACGCACACACACAGGUUUUGUCACCCGCGUUUGAGCACAACCACGUCAACAGCAGAGAUAUAGACAGAGCCGCAGAUACAGUGGACGGAGAAGAGCUCCGGAGUGGAAAUGCGGGAGAUGUUCGGGACGAUAGCCAAGUAUAUCGAGACAUGUCACCUGUCGAAGUAGCCAAACUUGGCACGGACGAGAGAAAUGUAGGCGGGGCGGGAAUGUCACAAAAACACAUGGAGAAAGGGGUCAGCGACGCACGCUACCAGCGUCUGUUUCUACAAAUAGCCCAGAUAGCGGAUCAUUUACAGAGUGGUGAAUAUGCUAAGGAUGUGCGAACAGUCUUGAAGACAGUGUUUGCAAUGCACAUGAGCGAAGACUCGGACGAUGAGAGUGAUGACGUGGCUGAAGGUACACCAGAGCCGGGGUUUUCAAGCAGCCAAUUAAAGCAGGGAGAAUCAGGGGCGGAGGAGGCGGACUUCCCGGAGACAAAUAUAUAUCGGGACCUGAAAUCGGAAUCUGGUAUGAAUAGAACAGGCCUGACUAAGCGUCCAGUGGUGGCCACGGAAGAUAUUGAAGCGAAUGUCUAUGGAGGUAUUGGUGUGGAUGAGCCCGGCCGUUCGCAAAACACAAGACUAUCACACGCCAACCCGGCUUGCGUACACUCUGCUGGAGAUCAUGAUAUGCCUGUGUCUGAAGCUUGCCUGAUGGACACGGGACACAGAAGUCCGGAAAGCGCACGUGGACGUGAAAAUACCGAACAUUCCCGAAGAGGGGGAAAUGACUGUGAUAAGGAAUACAGUGGCGUUUCACCACCGGGUAUUGCAGGGGUGUGUGAGACGUUGGGUCCCGCUUUAGCGCUAUCGGCCGAGAUAACGGGACUAGGUGGUCGGUCGCCGGAGCUCCAACCGCCACAAUUGCACCGAGGAGAGUCGCACAGCAGUGCGAACGGAGAAGUCCAAGACACCAGUAUACGUAGCUCGGGCAGGUAUACAAAUAGAAAUAUGGACGAUAAUGGGAGUGGGAGCGAGCAGGGAUCGACAGGGACUAAACAUGCUCGAGCUCAAAAGAUACGGUCCGUUUCCACCAGGGGUUUAGCGCAUUUGGAGUCUUCGCCUAGCAUGAAUGCCAGAGGAUCGUGCAGUGCCGCGAAUAACAGCCACAACAUGAGCAAUAUGAACACCAUGUGCGGUCCUACACAGGGUCUCAACGCGCUUUUGCCGGGAGGGGCAAAUACACCCAUGCGUACCAUGUAUCUCCGGCCCGAGUGGGCGAACGAUGAGGACGUGAAUGAGUGUGCACGGUGCGAAGAGACCUUUAAUUGGACACGCAGGCGACACCACUGCCGGAGUUGUGGGGGAAUAUUCUGUGCUAGUUGUGCGAGUAAUUAUGUGACCAUCGACAGACUGGCGUAUACAAGGCCAGUGAGAGUGUGUGGAGACUGUUAUAUCUGUGUGCGCUCACUUGUUUUAGCACAAAACAACCAGAAUGCCUCACCGUAGUACAAUAUUAUGGCAUUCUUCGCAGGCACUCUGGUAAAUUUCGAUAUUGGGGAACAAAAGUAAAUAUAUAACAUUAGCCCAAGCGUAAGGCUUGAAAUAGGAAUACCUAUGUUGGUCAUAUAGUUGAAGCUUGGAGUUGAUUAAAACUCCCUUUGGAAAUAGGUAGGGUAUAUAUCGAAGAUAUCCGAUUUGUAAUGAUAGCGAG